UUUUAAAACAUCCCGUCCACUGCGGUAACCUCUGGAAGCUCCCAAAUUAUACAGUCCAACUACCUAUCGCUCUUUACUCUCCAGCGGACAUUGGCUUCAGUAUUGGCCCGAGAAAAAUAAGCUCCUGGUUCUUCCAAGAACAAUUUCCCAUCCUAUCCCGAAACUCAUCUCCUGAAGAGUCCUUGAUACAUCCAGGAAAAUGUCGUUUGGUGGCCAGACACCGACCAUCAUCGUCCUCAAAGAAGGUACCGAUCAGUCACAGGGACGAGGUCAAAUCAUCUCGAACAUCAACGCAUGUCUCGCCAUCCAGGCCACGAUCCGGAGCACCUUGGGUCCUUACGGAGGCGAUCUAUUACUCGUGGAUGAGAAUGGCAGGCAAACCAUCACCAACGAUGGCGCCACGGUGAUGAAGCUGCUCGACAUCGUCCACCCCGCCGCCCGGAUAUUGACCGACAUCGCGCGAUCACAGGAUGCGGAGGUCGGAGAUGGGACCACGUCGGUGGUGGUGUUGGCCGGUGAAGUGUUGAAGGAGAUCCGGGAACCCGUGGAGCAAGGUGUCAGCACUCAGACCAUCAUCAAGGGCCUAAGACGGGCGUCCGCCAUGGCCGUGAACAAGAUCAAGGAGAUCGCCGUCAAUACGUCCGAAGGCAAUCAACGGGACAUCCUGCGAAAACUUGCGGCCACCGCCAUGAGCAGCAAGCUAAUACACCGCAACGCCGACUUUUUCACGAAGAUCGUGGUCGACGCGGUGCUGUCGCUGGAUCAGAACGACCUCAACGAAAAGUUGAUUGGCAUGAAGAAAAUCACCGGCGGUGCGCUGGAGGACUCGCUGUUCGUCAACGGCGUUGCGUUCAAGAAAACCUUCUCGUACGCCGGGUUCGAGCAGCAACCGAAGUCAUUCACGAACCCGAAAAUCGUCUGCUUGAACGUCGAGCUAGAAUUGAAAGCGGAGAAGGACAACGCCGAAGUGCGGGUCGAACAUGUCUCGGAAUACCAGGCGGUGGUGGAUGCCGAGUGGCAGAUCAUCUUCAAUAAGAUGGAGGCGCUACACAACACAGGAGCCAAGGUGGUAUUGAGCAAGCUCCCCAUUGGAGAUCUGGCCACGCAGUACUUCGCCGAUCGAGACAUCUUCUGUGCCGGGCGAGUUUCCGCCGAUGAUAUGGAACGAGUUGUACAGGCAACCGGGGCAAGCAUCCAAUCGACAUGCUCCGACGUCCAGGAACAGCACCUUGGCACUUGCGAGCGAUUCGAAGAGCGACAGAUCGGCGGCGAGCGAUACAACUUCUUCGAGGGCUGUCCCGCAGCCAAGACUUGCACACUCAUCCUCCGCGGCGGUGCGGAGCAGUUCAUUGCUGAGGUGGAGAGGAGUCUUCACGACGCCAUCAUGAUUGUGAAGCGAUCCAUCAAGAACCGGACCAUCGUUGCUGGUGGUGGAGCAUGCGAGAUGGAAAUCUCGGCCUAUCUCCACGACUUCGCCGACAAGAACGUCCCGCACAAACAGCAGGCGAUCAUCAAAGCCUUUGCCAAAGCACUGGAGGUGAUCCCUCGCCAGCUGUGCGAUAACGCGGGUUUCGACUCCACUGACAUCCUCAACCGGCUGCGCGUGGAGCACCGCCGCGGAAACACCUGGGCCGGCGUGGAUUUCGUGAACGAAGGCAUCGCCAACAACCUCGAGCGAUUCGUCUGGGAACCGGCGCUGGUCAAGGUCAAUGCGAUCCAGGCGGCGGUGGAAGCUUCGUGCCUGAUCCUCAGCGUCGACGAAACCAUCAAGAACCAAGAGUCGGCUCAACCCCAAGCACCCCAGCGUGGACUCCCUCCCGGUGCUGCACAGCGAGCGCUCCGAGGGCGCGGACGCGGCAUGCCCCGACGGUAAUUCCGCCGCUCCCCCGGUUCCUGUAUUUCAUACGCCGACAUCCGAUUCAAUGUAUCGCGGUGACGGGACGGCGUGAGGCGUGGUAUUGAAAGAACUUCAACGAAGACGAAACUGGCAGCUCGUUGGCGCCACCCUUGAUUCGGCAUUGAAGCUUAAGCUUGAUCGUUUCCAUUGGGUGGGCCAGCUUCAUGAUAUAAGGCUUAUAGAGGAACUUUCGUGCAAACCCUGUUCGCUGCAAAUCAAACAUAGCUUCACCAAUGAUUCUGUCUCGUGUGAUUUGCCCCUGACGGACUGAGCAA